ACUUAUUACAACCUGAAAACACCAAUCUUAGCCUCCAAAUGCGAGAAAGCUGAUCGUUGGCAAAUAUGGCUUCUGCGAGUGAUGGCUGGAAUUGGAAGUAUUGCUUCCCCUACCUCUUCUUCGUCUUUGCCAUUCUUUACCUCACUCACUCCCAUUUCGCUACCAAACUGUUCAUCGGCAAUGAAACGGUGCGUAUCAAGAAGACUCGGGAUCUCCCCCUCCGCUUCCGUUCCGACGGUACCUUCAAAAUCCUUCAGGUGGCUGAUAUGCAUUUUGGUAGUGGCGUCAUGACAAGGUGCCGAGACGUGUUGGAUUCUGAGUUCGAGCACUGUUCCGAUCUUAACACGACGCGAUUUCUGGAGCGCCUGAUCGAGGUUGAAAAUCCCGAUUUUAUUGCCUUUACCGGUGAUAAUAUAUUUGGCUCAAGUACCACUGAUGCUGCAGAGUCUAUGUUUAAAGCUUUUGGGCCUGCUAUGGAAUCAGGACUUCCUUGGGCAGCAGUUCUUGGAAACCAUGACCAAGAAUCAACUAUGAACCGUGAAGAGUUAAUGUCUCUAAUCUCCCUCAUGGACUAUUCAGUCUCGCAAAUCAAUCCAUGGACUGCUGGUCUCUCUGAUCCUACCCAAGAAGGCAUAACCAGUAAUAUUGAUGGCUUUGGCAAUUAUCACCUCAGAGUUUAUGGUGCCCCGGGCUCCACAUUGGCAAAUAGCAGCAUUAUGAAUCUCUACUUUCUUGACAGUGGAGACAGGGCUGUUUAUGAGGGAAAGCGAACUUAUGGAUGGAUCAAAGAGUCUCAGCUUAAUUGGCUUCGUAAUGUUUCCAUAGAAUUUCAGGCACAAAAGCAGGAUCCUCUUCCUUUUUCUGAUGCUUUUCCACGUCCUGAUCCUCUGGCCCUUGCAUUCUUCCAUAUACCAAUCCCAGAAGUAUGGCAGCUGUUCUACAAAGAUAUUGUUGGUGAAUUUCAAGAAAGUGUCGCUUGUUCAUCAGUGAAUUCAGGUGUCUUGAAGACAUUUGUUUCCAUGGGAGAUGUGAAGGCCGUGUUUAUGGGCCAUGACCACAAAAAUGAUUUCUGCGGAAAUUUGAACGGCAUCUGGUUCUGUUAUGGUGGUGGCUUUGUUCAUGCCUAUGGGAAGGCUGGGUGGCCCAGGAGAGCAAGGAUCAUUCUGGCUGAGCUUCAGAAGGGACAGAACUCCUGGAUGGGUGUAGAGAAAAUCAGGACGUGGAAACGUCUUGAUGAUGAGAAGCUUAAUAGGAUUGAUGAACAAACUCUUUGGCAUUCACGGCUCUCCGGAUGAUCGUGCUGCUACUGCUUUGGCUGUAACUGUAUGUCCGUAAGUCCUCUUCUGUGUUGUUAAACUCUAUUUACUCGUGUUCUUUUCAGAACAGCAUGUGGAGGAAUUUUUUUUUUAAAGAUUCAAUAAUGUAAUAGUAAUUGGUGGAGGGAGUCAAAUCAGCUUAUCUUGGAGUUUCAAGUGCAAGUCCUGAGAUAUGCAACUAUGUUGGAUAAAAAUGCCAAAGGCAUCUCAAAAGUACCCUCUAGGCUGUCGUUGGUAGUAAUGGCUCCACACUGCGGGAGUCUGGGUUAGUUUGGAUGUAAGGUGGUAAUAUCCUCAGAUUUUCUAUGAUAAUGGGGGAUGAGAACCAAAAAGAUAAUGUAGUGGUGAACUGUUAAAAGAAAAUGUUUGAUCUGACAGUUCGGUUUAAUCCUUAAACAUAUGUUCAAAAGAAAAUUGUUUGCGGUGUUUUUAUUAGAAAAUUCUAAUAACAAACAUUUUAAAAAUUGUAACUACAAUUUAUCCUUCUUAUCGCCUGGUGUAUUUUUCUGCAUGCAUACUAUUUUAAUGUUAUCAAUUCUGGUUAAUGUGGAUGAUGCAAGGCUGGUUGACCAGCUAUAUCAGAUAGGCAUGGGGAAACACCGUGGCAGAAGAUCAUGGAAAAGUAAAAAAGGAGACGAAGUCCUGCUGAAGUACUAAGCAAGCUCUGGCGUUUGGAACAGGGUCAAUCAGAGGAUGUCUUCUAAACGAAUUUACCUAUCAGUUUCUUGAGAAACUUCAACGAUUGCCAUGAUUGAGUUCUUCAUGCCAUGUAGCCUAUGAGUUUUGUUAAUAUAGUUUCUCUCCGAACUAUGGAAUUUACUCAUUUCUUUUAUGGAUUUUGAUACUGGAGAGAGGAAAAACCACUUGAUUGAUUACUUGCUAGAGUACAGCGUGGUGAAAUGAGACUUUGAUCAUGUAACCACAUGAGAUUAACUCAGGUACGGGGAGGUUCUCGUAGGAGAUUCUUCUAAGAAACUAGCUUAUUAAAUGAGGGAGUAUUUAUAAUAUAUAAACUCUAUUUUACAA